AUGGCCCAAUCCACAACUCCAGGCUUCGACAAAGCCUUCGCCCAAACCCUCUGUGAUCUCCAAGUCCCCAAAGCCAUCAAAUUCUCUCCCAACGGCCAACAGCUCUUAUACUCCACCAGUCUGAUCGGCGGCCAUCGCAAAGGUAAAAACGCCCUCUCAACACUCUGGAUCGCAUCAUCUGCCGAACCAAACUCAUCUCGUCAACUUACCUCCGGCCUCUUCAACGACACUUCGCCAAAAUGGCAUCCUGACGGAAACAGGAUUGCGUUUCUGUCAGAUCGUGCGAAAGUUGGUGAGAGCUCGGCGAUCUACAUGCUCAGAAUGGACGGUGGUGAUGCGACUCCUAUAACUGAUGCUGAGAAUGAGGAGGAUAUUGAGACUUUUUCGUUUUCGCCUGAUGGAAAGACCAUUGCGUAUGUUUCGCCGGAUGAGAAAUCGGAGGAGGAGAAGGAGAAGAGUGAGAAGGAUGAGCCUGAUCCUGAAGUCUGGGGCGAGAAGUGGGAUUUCGCGAGGUUGAGACUCGUCGAUGUAGAAUCUCGAGAUACAAAGGUUCUCGUUGGUGGCGAAACUCACGUCGGCGAGUUUUGUUGGAGUCCUGAUGGCAAGGAAAUUGCUUUCAUGAGUAAGGAGAACCCUCACAUCGAAGAGGCGUUGCUGACAGGCACGACCAUCUCGACGGUUAAUGUUGAGACUGGCAAAGUCACAGAGCUCUGUAAGAUCAUGAAUGAGCCGUAUGAUCUUACCUGGGCGCCUGAUGGGCAGAUCUAUUUCAUCACUGGUGUACCUGUGGAUAAAGACUCUGGAGGAAGGGCGGUUUACAAGACUGAUCCCAAUGCCGAUACUCACGACUUCGUAAAGGUUGCAUGUGGUGUUGAUGAUGAUGCUGGAGGUCUUCAUGUCGUCGGUGGCAAGGUCCUCGUGAAUCGCCAGAUUAGGUUUGUCGAUGUCAUCAGUGAACUUGGAGGUGAUGAUCUUUUCGAUGAGCAGACGGAGCUCUGGGUAUAUGAUGUUUUCAUCGACCCAGAGACUUGUACUUCAACUCUAGCAGCAAGUUUGUCAGAUGUUGGAACUCCGUAUGAUAUUUUCGUCAUCGAGAAAGAUAAGCAGGAGAUCAAAAUCUCCAACCAUGGGAAGCCCCUCGCAGACAAGUCCCUCGGUACAUGCACAGUCCUUACCUGCCGAUCCACCGACGAUGAAGUCGAACUUGACGGUCUUUACCUCACCCCAACAAACCCCAACAAAAAGCCCCUCCCAACAUUCGUCCUCAUCCACGGCGGUCCAACAUCUCGCGACACCGAUAGCUUUGACACAACAUGCUUCAACUGGGCGCCGUACAUCCUCUCAAAAGGCUACGGCGUUCUCCUCCCUCAAUAUCGCGGCUCAAGCGGGCGCGGUGAGAAAUUCGCUUCGUACAGUAUGGGAGGACAGGGGAAGUAUGACUACGCUGAUGUAGUGGCCAUCACCGAUAACGCCAUCAAGAAGGGCUUUGCGAAUCCGAAAAACCUGAUUGUUGGGGGUUGGAGCCAAGGUGGUCUUUUGACGUAUCUGUGCAGUGUUCGCAAUGGUCUUCAUGGUCUUGGAUGGCGCUUCAAUGCAGCUAUCGCAGGAGCAGGAGUAUGCGAUAUCGAAAGUCUUGCGCUUACAGCUGACCUUGGCUCAACAUAUGAGAUCGAACUCGCCGGCGGAGAUACGAUCUGGACUCUUGACCGCGACGACACGAGGAAUCGGCAAGGCAGUGCGCUCUGGGAAGUGUCUUCUGCAGUUAAGCACGCUAAAGAAACGGGGGAGAUGGUUAUCCCGCCUAUGCUGAUUCUUCACGGUGACAAAGAUGAACGAUGUCCGUUCUCACAGGCGGAGGGGUUUAGGAGAGCGUUGAGGCACUGGGGGUUGCAGUGUGAGUUUGUCAAAUUUCCUGGUGAGGGGCAUGGGAUUGAGCAGCAGAGGUUCUGGUUUGAUAUGUUUGAGAGGAUUGGGCGGUGGUGUGAUACGUACAUUGGGGAUGGGGCGAUUAAAUUGGCGAUGAGAUGA